CAGCGCAGAGGCGGGCGAGCCAAGAGCGCGGCAGAUGCGGGCACGGCAGCGCCCGCGGGAGCCCGCGCAGCGCCAGCCCGGCUGCCCCGAGCUGCGGCCGGAGGCGGCGGGCGCGGCACUGCCCGCGCCGGCAGCCCCGCGAGGGAGGCUCGGGACCGAGCGGCGAGGAGCGACCCCGCACGGCUCGCCUCGCCGGGACCAGCGCCCAAGGCUGCGGGAAAAGCAGGGAGGGAGGAGCCAGCCCCGCCAGCCGCUCCAUCGCCCGCCCGGGGCGGAGGGGCCGCGCUCGGAGCCGCUCGCCCCCGCCACCCCCGGACGCGCGUCCUCGGGGCCGCUACCGCCCCCUGCCGGCCGCGGCGCUGACAGCCCCCAUCCGCCCGCCCCGCCGCCCUCGGGGCCGGCACAGGAGGGAAGGAAGACGGGAGGGGGCAGCUCUAAGCGAUCAGCCGGGCCGGCCCCGCCCGCAGCCUCCGCAUCCCGCCGCAAGCGGAGCGGACCAGGGAAAACGGCGACGUAUACGCGGCAAAGCGGCUCCCAGCGCACCGCCAGCGCAGCGCCCACAGCGCCACGGUUGCCCGACCCCCUCGUCCCCGCCACCCGCCACUCCCCGCAUGUGUGCUGAGGAUGUUCUAAAGCAAGCUUUCCCAGGCCAGCGUACUGGUGGCAUGGAUCACCUCCGGUUUCAUCUGUGGAACAAACAGGGCCAACCACAGAAACUGCUCCAAUGGAAAAGUAAUGUUAAGAAAAUAUUUAGUCUUUCCUAACUAUUCCAGCUGUGGUUCUGGCCUUCACUUUCUCUGUGAGGACAGUGCAUAGAAGAGGCAGUCAUAAUACUUAUAUCUGUCCCAUUCCAAGUGCUUAAAUAAGAUUCCUGACUUUUCCUGGCUACUCCUCCAAAUAUCUGGAAGAAAGAAAGCAGCACUAUCCAUCCUAUCAAUUAUCUACAGACCAUUCGAAAAUUGCCUGCUGACUCCAUCUUUGAGAUUGCUGCUAAGGAAAACACAAAAGUUGUGUGUCUGUAAAUGUAAUAAUAAAUCCACUUCACUUGACUGUGACAUAAAACUUCUCCAAUAGUUCAUGUUUCU